CUAGAUGCUAAGGAGAAGCAGGAUUUGAAAUUCACCAUGGCAGGUUCCCUGAAACGAGGCUCUUCAAAUAUGUGCGGCACCUCAUGCUGUAGGAGAUUGUGUUGGCAGUUUUUGCUCAAGGUCUGUGUUUCAAAACUCGUGGACACUGUACAGGCGCUGAGCAACACAAGCAGAGUUCUUCUGCAGUUUCAUUGUUCCAGAAUGAGCGUCGUGCUUACGAGAUUCUCACGGAAGAUGUGGAUGACACGCAUCUACUUUUUGCAAAAUGGAGCCAUGUUUCAGAGUGUCGAACAAAAGAGAGUUCAAGGUGCAUAUGGGAGCUGAUUUCAUGCCACAACAAGAGCGAUUAGCGAGUAAACUACGUGAUUGGCUAUUGGGAGGGCUUGAGAAAGGAAGUUGUGGCCCUUUACUCAAAACCAUGUCAAACCUCUGUCAUACGGUUUCAUCUUAUAUUUUGACUAUCUAUCACCUGAGGAGGGCCACACGAGUCAUAUCCAUGAUGAACGUCUUAAAUCGCUCGCACCAAAUUCUGAAAGGUGGGAUUACCACACAAGGUUUGAUUUCGAGUUUCUCAAGGAAAGAGUACCUCUUGCUUCCAAGAUCGUGUUGCUUCCAAAAAUUGCUUCCAAGGCCAGUUGAUCCCUUCUCAAGAUGAAACCAACAAAUCUCUCAUGGCCCUUGUUUUGAAUGAGAUUUCCACCGACAUAAUGCACGUCAGAUGUCAAUCUGUGCACAACUCUCAAGUGAGGAGAAAUUACGGCUUGAAGGACAUCUGGCCUUACCAUCAGUUCAUGUGGUUCGUCGUACAAGCGAAUCUCGUGCCUAACAAGAUCCAUUAAUUGUUUGUAUGGAAAGGAAAGAGUCUAAAUUAUUUUGUCUAUCGAGUUUCUCCCCAUCAUAAUCAACCUGCAUAACCCUACUGGACCGUCAGUCGGGAAGGUCUUCGCGGGUUUGUAAGAAAUCUUGGCUAUGUCCUGAUGAUAAGGAGUUAGUCAAACAGAGCUUUCGAUCUGUCAGACUUGGCCUGAUGAUAAAAAUUUAUCUAGACCUCAAUAAAAAGUGAAAAAAUUCAGUGUCACUUUCUGCCGGAAUUUGUUCGAAACCAGAGUCUACAACAGACCUAUUAUGAGUUUAAAGCUCUGUUCCUUUUGUGUGCGUUCCCGCGUGCGCAAGG